AUGGCAGCUGCUACGUCCAUGCCCGGAAAGCGGCCAGCACUCACCCCAAAACUGAGUGCCAAAGUGUUCGGUGAGUGCUACUGGGAGGUCAAGGAGCUGGCUGCGUUCUGCCGGCAUCAGGGUCUGCCCGCCAGUGGGCUGAAGGCUGACCUUACCAAGCGGGUGAAGGACUUCCUGGGCGGAAAGCGCCCCAAAGCCUCCUCCGCAAAGGUGACGAAGGCGGCCCGCGACAGCGUCGCGGUUGGCGGCCUGAAGCUGAGCACCCCAGUGCGGAAUUACAACAGCGACCAGGCCACCCGCGGCUUUUUCCAGAAGCACUGCGGCGAGGGCUUCCGCUUCAACGAGUAUCUGCGCGGCUUUGCGAAGGGGGCGCAAGAGGGACUGACGUACAGAGAUCUGGUGAAGGGCUGGAAGGAUGCGGAGCAGAAGCGGCGAGAAGGCCAGCAAGCGAUCGGGAAGCAAUUUGAAUACAACCAAUUCACACGAGACUUCUUUGCCGCCAAGCCCGGAGCUUCUCGUGCUGACAUGAUGGAGGCCUGGAGGACUGUCCGCAGUUAUCGGGGGCCCAACACCUACAAGGAGUUCCGCAAGUUGUCCAAGUGA